AUGGCAUCAUUUUCCAGUUUUCUGCGCCCAAAUUAUAAAAAUUAUCAACUGCACAAAUUUCAUUUAUUUAUUGAAACAAAUUUAACCAUAAUAAGUGACAGACGACUUUCUCUUCUAUCCCAGGGACAAAUGUUAUUCAAAUACUUUCUUGUAAAUACAGUAGAAGUAACUUCAUUUUUAAAUGAAAUUCUACUUAUUAAGGAUCUAAAAGUUCUUUUGUUGCAGGCAAAUUGGUUAAAUUUCUGCCGGUUUUUAUCAACAAAGCCGUUUUUGGCGACUUCCACCAGAAGGAAUGCACAUCGCAUUUUCUCCAUUCCAAGGGAAAAAUUACGUAUUUCACACGCAGAAGUGUAUGGAGGUUCAGUCAAACAACCGUAA